UGUUUUAAAUGCCUGCAAUGCAUGCAGAAAUGUGGGACUACAAGUACCUAUCAUUGCCCACCGCAACACUGCAGGAGAAAAAAGUUGACAAAACAGGCAGCUGGAUUUUUCUUUAGUCAAGACAAACUUCUAAUUUCCUCCCCUUAUAUUCCAUUAUUAAAACUUUGUCAGCAGGACAGAGCAAAGCACAGUGAGCUGUGUUUUGUUUCAGAAAGGUUUCUGUUACGUUCCACAUUCCUGCUCCUACUCGUUUCUCUCAUUGAUUCAGUUUCAUUAUUUUCCGGUAUCUUGUUAGUGUUUUGGCUUUAUAAGCCUUCAUAAGCCUAGGCUCAGCUUUGGAAGACGGACGUCCGAAGGCCCGCCUAUCAGCAGGCCUGGAGUAGCCUGAGGCCAUAUGCCUUCACCCCGGAGUCCUGACCUACUGAGUCCGGGGCUCGGAGCGCCUGGUCCCGCUAAGGUUUUAGUUCUCUGUGUUCCUGGCCUUGGUCCCCCUUUCUAGGGAUUUGAACUGUCUUCGUCCCGGAUGGAUCCCCCGGUUUAUGGAAUAUGGACUGUGCCCUGACAACCCUUUUGGAUCUCCCUGAACUUGGUUGCUUCUGUUUUUCCCCCGUGCACCGGGGGAAAAGCAGUCAUUGUCACCGACAGUCACCGUCCCCUGUCUGCCAAUUCGUCCCAACCCUGCUGUAUCUUCCCCUGAUGUCCUUCUCCAGACUCUUCCAGAUUAUACCGUCACGCAUAGGGUCUUUAACAACGCAUUUCACUCUGGAGUCUGACCCGGCUCCCAUGAGCUUCUCUCAAACCUUUGGCUACACUACUGUCAAGGAACUUUCAAGAAAUUAGUGGAUGAGAUCCUUGGACCAAAAGCCUACUAACACCCAGUGCAGCUAACACAAGGGAUGACUGGUCUUUCUAAUUUUCUUAUGUGACCAAUUGAGGAAAAGGCAAGCAACAUGCAAGAACUGGAUCUCCUCAAAAAGAAUCUGCAGACUCUUGUUUUUGUGAACCUCAUUUCCCCAUUCUUUCUGUCUUGGUGAAGGAAUCUUUUAGAGUUUGUAAUGUUCUUGUGACAGCCACCUGACACACAAGAGCUCUUCAUAAAACACACCGGUUUCAUUUUCAUUCAGAUGCUCAUCAAAGAACUCAAGUGAGGAACGGUGAAGACAGCGCAGUGUUCAGCACAUUAAAGAGAGGGAGAAAUAGCCACCUUCUUGUUUCUUACUUCGUCUUUUCAGGAUGAAAUUGAUCAUUCUGUCCGCUCUCUGCAUUGGUGUGGUCCACUCAGCCAGCCUAUUUCUUCAGGACUUUGAGUUCGAGAAGUGGAAACUUAAACAUGGCAGGAACUACAGCUCCCCUGUUGAGGAGUCCCGGCGUAAAGAGACCUGGCUGUCCAACCUCAAGCUAGUGAUCGAACACAACACGCUGGCCGACCUGGGCCUCAAGUCCUACAGGCUGGGGAUGACUGCAUUCGCAGACAUGGAGAAUGAGGAGUACAAGCACAUGAUGUUCCAGGGCUGUCUGGGCCACUUCAACACCACCAAAGCCAAGAGUGGCUUCACCUUCCAGGCAAAGGACUCUAAUGUGCUUGACAGUGUUGACUGGAGGACCAUGGGAUAUGUCACUGGAGUCAAGAACCAGUUGAGCUGUGGUUCAUGUUGGGCCUUCAGUGCGACAGGCUCUCUGGAAGGGCAGCACUUCCGGGCAACUGGGAAGCUGGUGUCUCUGAGCGAGCAACAGCUGGUCGACUGCUCUAGAGCCUUUGGGAACUACGGCUGUGGAGGAGGCCUGAUGGACCAGGCCUUUCUUUACAUUAAGGCAGCGGGAGGAAUUGACACUGAAGACUUCUAUCCUUACGAGGCCAGGUCCUGCCUUCUUAACGAGAAGUGUCCCUGUCUCAUUGCAGGCAUCUAUGAUGAGCCUGGCUGCAGCUCCACUUCCCUGAAUCAUGGAGUGUUAGUAGUUGGCUAUGGGACUGAGUCUACUAAAGAUUACUGGAUUGUGAAAAACAGCUGGGGCGUCUCCUGGGGAGAAAACGGCUACAUCAGGAUGUCCCGAAAUAAACACAACCAGUGUGGGAUCGCUUCCUUAGCCAGCUACCCUCUUGUGUAGAGAGGA